AUGGCAGCUUGUCUUUUCAUUUUGAUCCUCCUCAUUGCCUUUUGGAUCCGUUCAUCUCAUGCAGACCCUAGACUUGAAAUUGUUGCACAUUCAUGUGAGACAACUUCUGUGCAGAACGUGGACAAGUACCGGAAGCUCUAUGCAGUUAUCCUGGAAAACAUGGGAUAUGAGAUGUAUCGUAACAAGUUUGCAUUUACUGAAGCAGGCAAGCCGCCUGACAAAUUAUAUGUCUUAUCUCAGUGCAUGGAUGAUCUUUCUAACUUUGAAUGUGCACAAUGCUUUUCAAAGAUCGGUAAUCUUUUGCCUGGUUGUCUUCCUGCCACCGGUGGCCGUGUUUAUCUCGACGGAUGCUUUAUCAGGGCUAGCAAUUAUAGUUUCUAUCGGGAAAUCAUUACAGAGGGUGAUAUGAAGAGAUGCAGCGAUGAUGUUGACACCAAGGAAGGAUUCCCAAAACUGUUAAGAAAUGUACUCCAAAAGAUUGUCUACAAGGCUCCAAACAACAGAGGUUUUGGAUUGGCUCAUGAGACAAAAAAUGGAACCACAGUUCAUGGCAUGGCUCAAUGCUGGAGAACCUUGGACAAGGAUAUGUGUUCUGCUUGCUUGAUAGAUGCUGUCAAUUCUGCCUUCCAUUGCUUGCCAUCGGAGGAGGGACGUGCCCUCAACGCUGGCUGCUUUUUACGUUACUCCACUUACAAAUUUGCCAAUGACCCUGAUGCUGGUUCAACCCGAUAUGCAAUAGUAUCAUUCAUAUUUUACAUCAUCUUCGCGGUCGCCAUUGGCUUAUUGGCCAUUGCCAUUGGGUUGUGUCUGGGAAAAUUGGCUUACAUAACGAAGAACUCUGGACGCAAACGGAAAGGAAAAGAACUGGACUUGGCAGCAAUGGACCAGGCCAUGCAGUUCUUGCAGUUCAAGUUUUCGACUUUGGAGAAAGCAACUGAUUGCUUCGAUGCAUCUAACAAGCUUGGUUCUGGAGGAUAUGGUGAAGUAUUUAGGGGAACCUUACAAGAUGGAAGAGAAAUUGCAAUAAAACGUUUGUAUGUAAAUGGCAAGAGCCGAAGAGAGGAGAUAUACAAUGAAGUGGAUGUUAUCAGUAAAGCUCAACAUAAGAACCUGGUUCGUUUCCUAGGUGGCUGCUUCACCACAGUAGAGAAUUUCCUUGUCUAUGAAUACCUUGCUAACAAAAGCCUUGACACCAUCUUAUUUGAUCCGGAGAGGAAGAAAGAGCUAGCCUGGGGAAUAAGGCAUAGGAUAAUCAUAGGAACAGCUGAAGGUUUGGAAUACCUGCACAAAGGCUGCAGAGUCCGGAUCAUUCAUCGGGACAUCAAAGCGAGUAACAUCUUACUAGACUUGAAAUACAGACCCAAAAUUGCUGAUUUUGGCCUGGCAAGGUUUUCUUCCCGUGAGUGUGACAAGAGUUCCCUUGUCAACAAUCCUGUCGCCGGUACAUUUGGGUAUAUGGCUCCAGAAUACAUUGCCAAGGGAAGACUAACAGAAAAAGUAGAUGUUUACAGCUUUGGGGUUCUGGUGCUUGAAAUAAUCAGUGGAGUGAAGAACACAACACUAGAAUCAGAUAACUAUUUCGAAACUUUGGUGACUGAUGCAUGGAAGCACUUCCAAUCCAACACAGCAUCAGAAAUCAUAGAUGAGAGCUUGGAGAUUGAAGAUGUUGAAGAAACAAAGAGAGACAUCCAAAUUGGUUUGCUCUGUACUCAGGCGAAACCGGCUCUGCGUCCCAGCAUGACUAAAGUACUUCAAAUGCUGAGACAUAAAGACAUGGAGUUGCCUGCACCAACAAAACCUCCAUUUUUGGAUGAGUGUGUAGAAUUAUCAUCUUCAUUUGGCUUUAUUCCAGGAAAAUCUCAAAUGUUCAAUCUACAUAGACCUCAGGAUUGUAAUUAUCAAUGCCUCUAAUUGAAUCUC